AUGCCUGCUGAGAUUGUUGAUUGUGCUAUUCUGGUUAUCUCUGAUAAGGGAAAUUUGGGUUUUGCUAAAAGUGGAGAUGAGAAACUCACAUGGUUUAGUAAUGGAGGUUUUGUUUUUGAUGAUGUUAUUGUCUAUAAGGGUCAGCCAUAUGUGGUGGAUAGCUUGAGUUAUGUUUUUAAGAUUGAUGUGUCUUCAGAAGUGAUGGUGAAGAUUUCAUCAAAAGUGAUUGGUUUUGGUGGGAGGAAGCAUUUGGUAGAGUCUUGUGGAGAGCUUUAUGUGGUCGAUAUGUAUUUUGAUCAAGAACAAAAUAAGCAAGAAGGGGAUGGUGUUGAGUUAGAUUUUUCUUUAUUUGUCCGUUGGCGUCGUGGAAGACACCAAAGAUAUCAGUUUGGUGAACUCAAGGUAGUUGAUUUUAAGGCUUGCAAGUUGGAACUGUUGAAUGGAGAGUUGGGCAGAUGGGUUGAAGUGAAGUGCUUGGGUGAUCGAGCGUUUUUCUUGGCUAUGGAUUGUUGUUUCUCUGUUUGGCCCAAGAAUUGGCUGGGUGCAAAGGGAAUUGCAUUUACUUCUCAGAUGAAAACAAUGUUAAUCUUGCUCUUAGAGAAGUAA